UUUUAUAGAAGGAGAUCGAUUUUAUAUUCAUAGCGUGACAUACUCUUCUAGUGAUAACAAUGUUAAGAUUCUUGUAAAAAUAUAAUCGCUAAAACAUACUUCUCUCUCACAUUUUGCUAACGCUAAUUGAUAUUAGUAUAACCAAGACCGUGGUAUAACCUAUGACAUAAUACUUAACCUGAAAGAGGGUAAAAUGUUUUAACUAAUUCAUAUUUGGUGUGCUUGACGUUCUUCAAAAAACAUCAUUAAAACAUAUUUUACUUAAAGAACCUUGAAAUGAGUGUGGUCAGGGGCAUGGGUCUUUGGAUUAGCAGAGCUAAACAAAUAAGGGAGCAACUCUUCUCUGCAAAAAAUCUUUUUUACACAAACGUUGGCAUAUCAAUAUCCUUAUCUGCAACUGGUGAUAUAUUGGAACAACAUUAUGAAAUAUUAAAGGGACAAUGGGAUAGAUGGAGUCCAACAAGAACAAGGAACAUGGCUGUGUCUGGUAUGUCUGUAGGGAUCGUGUGUCACCAUUGGUAUUGCUAUUUAGAUGCUAGGAUACAAGGAAGAACUAUUGGAAUUGUACUUAAAAAAGUUGUUAUUGAUCAAUUAGUGUGUUCACCACUGUGUAUAGGGAUGUUUUUCUUAACACUUGGCAUAUUAGAAAUGAAUAAUUGGGAAGAACUUAAACAAGAGAUUAAGAACAAAGCUCAUAGAUUAUAUAUAGCUGAGUAUAUUGUAUGGCCACCAGCCCAAAUUAUUAAUUUUUACUUUCUCCCAACACGAUUCAGAGUGCUUUACGACAAUACGAUAUCCCUUGGCUAUGAUGUUUAUACUAGUCAAGUUAAACAUGAUAAAUCUAACUCCAAGAAAGAUAGUGAUCAAAUAUGAUAGUUUCUUAUUAAAUAUUUAAUAAAAUAUUCGAAUAGUACAAACGGAUACUGAGCAAUUAAACUUGACGGUUAUACUCUUUUUAUGAAAUAUCCUAUAAAUUACAUUCAGGCAUCCUGAACAUAAUUUAUAAAUAUAUUAUUUAUAAACGCUCCACUAAUUAGUUGAAGCAAUAUGUAGGUAACAGAUAAGAAUUCUAAUCUGUACAUUAUGACAUUCACUAUGGUAACAUAUUGAAACGAAAAGAGUUCAUGAUUUUCUAUAUUUUUAAUUUGUUUUCAUUUUUCUGUCAUCCUAUGAAUUUGUAGCAUAAUUUACAGUGUUUCCUGCAGGCAGGAAAAAGACAAUUGCAUGAUUUAAUAAAUAAUGUACAAUGUAAAUAAAGAAAAUAUAUAUAUUUAUAAAAACAA